GGGGGGAAUCAACCUGUGGUCAUGUGCCUUCACCGUGCGCUGAUUGGAGGGGUGCCGUGUCAGUCAGCUGCGCCGGGGGGCGGCGAGCGGGACUUUGUUGCCUUCGGGCAGUUUGUUACAGUCGCCGGAGAGGGGCAGCGGGCUGAGGGUGGACGCUGCAGGGUGUGUGGCUGCGGGGGGACCGGUGGCUGAGGGCAGACCGGAGGCAGUCGCUGCAGGCGGACCAGCGGGCUGAGGGCAGACCGGAGGCGGUCACUGCAGGGUGUGUGGCUGCGGGGGGACCGGCGGCGUAGUCAUGACCAAGGAGCAGCUCCGGCCGCGGCUCUGUGUCAUCAGCAAGGGCCCCAACGGCUACGGCUUCCACCUCCACGGGGAGAAGGGGAAGACGGGCCAGUUCAUCCGGCUGGUGGAAGCGGGCUCGCCGGCCGAGGGAGCGGGGCUGAGGGCCGGUGACAAGGUGGUGCAGGUCAAUGGCGACAACGUGGAGCAGGACAACCACCAGCAAGUGGUGCAGAAGAUCAAGGCGGUGGCCGACGAGACGCGGCUGCUGGUGGUGGACCGGGAGACGGAGGAGCUGCUGAGGAGCCUGGGGCUAGAGUGUAAGGAGGAGUACAUCCACGGCAUCCCCGAGCGGCAGCAGGGCGCCGAGCAGCUGCCCGAGCACCGGGAACCCGGAGCCGAGCUCAAACAGGCUGACAGCGUGUCUCAGACGAGCAGCGAGAAGGGUGGGGCGGAGACCCCUCAGGAGUUGCGCCCCCGACUCUGCCGCAUGCAGAAAGGCCCCAAAGGUUACGGCUUCAACCUUCACAGUGAGAAGUCCAAGGCUGGCCAGUACAUCCGCGCCGUGGACCCCGACUCUCCGGCGGAGAGUUCAGGACUGCUGCCUCAGGACCGCAUCAUCGAGGUGAAUGGGACCAGUGUCGAAGGGAAGCAGCACUCUGACGUGGUGGCAGCCAUUAAGUCUGGCGGCACAGAGACCUCGCUGCUGGUUGUUGAUCCCGAAACAGAUGAGUUCUUCAAGAAAUGCAAAAUUUCACCCUCAGUUGCCCACCUUACAGGACCUCUGCCCCAGCUGUGUGUAAACGGGGAGGCUGAACAGAAGGCCAAUGGGAAUGUGUCGGAACCAGCCACACCCACAUCAGCACCAUCUUCCAAUUCCUCAUCCACACCCUCCACCCCGACGACUCCGGGCAGGGAAGCAGCCAGCCAUGUGGAAGAGCCCCCACGUGAGGCCGAGACUAUGCUUGCCGACGUGGGUCUGAACCUCAGCACGUCCGCAGCAGCAGCGAAGGAGAAGGUGCACUCGAAGCGGCUGAGCAAGCGGGCCCCGCAGAUGGACUGGAGCAGGAAGAACGAGCUCUUCAGCAACUUGUAGGGUCGCUGGCCGGGCACUCACCUCUGGCUGCACAAAAACUUAAUCUGUCUGGUAAUUUUGUUUUCCCCAACCCCCAGCUAAUCUCACCUGGUGCAUUCCAAGGGGCUGGUCCACAGCUCUCCCCCACCCAGUCACCAUCUUGCAGGUUACUGGAACCCCUGCAGCCCCACCCAUCUGGUUCGCUGGGCUAGGGUUGGUGGAUCCCUGUCACCCACAGCCGGACCGCGUCCCCAGGCCUCUGACAUCUCCCAGUCGGUGUGUGUCAGACUGGGGCCGUUCGGGCGGCCCAGCAUUCUGUUGGGGGUAGGACUGAGGCUGAGGGGCAGGGGCAGGGCCAUUGCUGUGGGGUGAUAAGCAAGGAUACUCCGCUGUGGGUUCUGGGGACAGUGCGUGUCCUUUGCUUGAUCCUCCUCCUAGUUGCAUUAGGUGAGCAUCUAAUCUGCACACUGCAAUAAUGAACUGGAUUCUUUAGUGAAGAUCCUCUUUAGUUCUGUCGGCAGCUCAGGUUUCAAGGAGAGGUGAUGGAUGUUGUAUGGACAGCUGGAUGGCGCAAUGUACUGGCACAUUCCAGUUAGUGUCCACUGACCGAUUUUCCCUCCCACAUCUGCCCAUCCACAGCAAACUGCCAACACUGCCUCGGCCACUGGUCGGCAGAUGGCUUACCAACUCUUGAGACUGGGGGUCCAAGGUGUUCAUUUGAACUGCUCAUACACCAUUGGAAGAACAGCAAACCUGUGCAGUCCCUUGGAUCCCUGUGCUCCAAUCCACCAUCACCUCUCCCAUAGCUCCUCUGCAUUUGCACCUUGUUCCAGUUUGAAUUGUCCCUUUGUAUCUCUUUCCUGAGGGGACUUCAUUUCAAAUCUCUCUCGCUUGCUCGCCCUCUCACUCACAUUCCUCACGGAGAACAAUUUAUUUGCUUCUAAUCCUGGCAACUCUAAUUGGGUCACUUCAAAUCUCCUUUUCAAAGAGCGGCCAGUCCCAGAGUUCAGUGCUGGUGAUCAUGAAUGAGGCUUGUAUUUGGAGUGGAUACGAACAGCCCCUUUUGUCACUUCCCCGACAUCCUCGGCCCAGCAGUUUUACCUCCUCAAUGGGGGAGUGUGUCUCUCUGUUUUAUUCUGAUCUCCUAUUACCACUGAGAUGUGCCAUUUAGUCCAAUUAACCUGCUAGGCAAAGAUGAAGGAGCUGGUAACACUGGUCCAACUAAUGAUGUCUUUAUUUGUUGUCUCUGGCUGGUUUCUCCUUUUGACGGCAGGGCAAUAAACGGAGCCCUUGUUGACUGGUUUUGUACUUGCAGUAUUUUAACUCCUUCCACUCUGUCUCCUGCUGGGAUGGGCCGGGGUGGGUGCUGGAGCAGCUUCGGGGUUUUUCCUCACCUGUGAUGUUUAUAACCUACUCUUUGCCACAAAUAAGUUAGGAUCUAAAAAGCUUAAUGAGCUUGGCAAUCUGUAAAGUUCUGAGCUUGGCACAUUUACAUCGAAAGGGGUUUCUAGUUUAGUAACAGCUGGGAGAUGAGAUGCCAAAUGAGGUGAUGUGCGACUGAUUGGGCAGGAGUGUGUGCCCAGCCUCUCCCAGUGUGAGAGCUUGAGAGAGAAUUUUCAGAAGGUGGUUUUGGUUAGUCAAUGUAGUCUCUGUAAAUCUAGCACUGUUAGUCCUGGGGAGGUAACAGAAGGUUCUUGGAGGGAUUGGUACAACCCAGUACAGUAUCCUGAUAUUACUGGUCUCUGGUGGUUUAAUGAUGGGUGUCUGCAACAUGAAAGGAAGGUCUGAGAUAAAUAGGAGGGACCUCCCUCCCUCAGCAAAGGGGACAGAAGGCAGGGGUGGAGAUUUUAAAAAAAAAUUGGCAGAAGGAUGAAGAGGAAGGGUUUUCCAUCCAGAGGGUGCUGAGUGUAAACAUUGAAAUAGUACUGGGUGUGUACCAGAGGACCACAGACCCUGUGCAGGGAGGUGGCCUUGGGCUGGGGACCUCCUCCUCAACAUGGUCAGUUGAGAAGCUGCCUCCCGAGUGAUAAUUCCAUUAGUCUUCCCUGUGACUCCAAGGCAAGGUGCCGGAAUUCCAUCACAGCCACUCCUCUCCCUAGAUUCACAGCUUACCAGAGGCACCACAGUCUUAACACAUUAACCAUCUGGAGCCCAUGUGGUGGCAAUUUCUCUGCAGCCCUGGGCUGGAAGCAGGCUGGAUGGAGUUAGAGCCUUUUCCCCAAUGUAUCUAUUAAUGCAGUUUCCUCUCUUUUGCAUUAAAACUUAUACACUUUUUGUUCUAAAAUGACUUGGACAGAGCACUGCUAGAAUGGGAAGUGUGGGUUCCACCUGUGAACCGAGGUGGUUUGUAUUUGGCUGCCUGGUCCUGGCUUCUGUCAACGGCCCCUGUCUGAUGUAGCUGAGGCUCCCCCAGGGUUCAAUCUGGCGGCUGAGCUAAAGGCACUGCCAGUGUUGAAGAGGAGGGGCUCCUGUGAGGAAAACCGGAAUGAUUUGUGUCCAAAUUCAGCAACUGUAAUUUUUAGAAACUAUAUUUUUAUCAGUAUAUGUAAAUUUUAUGAAAUAAAAGUUAAGAAUCA